AUGUCUACGCACUAUUCACUGCAUGUUAUUCGUGCCCAAGACGUACUCUAUAAAUCUUUUUUCCAUGGAAAUCCGAGCCUGUAUGUUGUUGGCCCUCGGGAUAAAGAUAUAGUCAUUGCUGAGAUUGAGCUUCGUGAACUGAUUGCGCUAUGCGAGAAUGGAGAAGCUCAAAUAAAUGUCCACGAGAAACGGAACCAGACACCGUCCGGGAAAGUUCUCUUACGGCUCAAGUCAAUCAACGAGACGGAGGCUGUUAAUCAAGAUCUCGAAGGCACGAGGAAAGCCACUCAGGGAGUUCGUGCGGAUGCUGCGGAUUCUAUGGCUGUUGCAAUCGCAGACAGAGUGAUGCAAUUGAGCAAGGCGGGUGAUCUAUAUGACUCCCUGGAGAAGCUUUGUGAGACGCUGGACGUCUUCGUCAAAUUCAUUAAUGAUGUUUCAAAGAUCCAUCCAUAUUUUAGUGCAGCAUGGCAAGUGGCCACAUCUGUGUACAAGGCCGUCUCGAAACAAUUCGAAUGCGAUCAGAAGGUCGUGGAACUAGUUCGCUCGAUGGAAAAGGCAUUCACGUUUGCCCGUAGCACGCAAGACCUGAAAGGCAAAACUAGAAUUCUAGAAUUGUCAAUUGUCGAGUUAUUCAAGCAGAUCAAGGCAUGCUGCAAGUUCAUCCAAAAUUACGUGGGUCAUUCAUUUGGAGGUUGGAUGCUUGACAUGGGAGCAAGCAAGAAGAUCGAAGAAUUCAUGCAAGUACUGGCAAGGUGCUAG